AUGGUGAAUUUUUCUAACAAAAAUAUUCAGACCAUCAACAUACUCUUCUCCUCCUUUGCCUUAAUCUUGCUGGUAAUAGGCGUCAUCAUGGAUGAAUGGGUUGAAUUGAUCCCCAAAAUAAAAAAGAACAAGAUUAGUCACAGUCCAUGGAUGACAUGUUGCACUUCUAUUUGGCCAGAAGAUGACCUGGAAGUGGUCAGGAUCAUGAUGAUGUUGAUCCUCGGCCUUUCCUUCCACGUUAACUUGAUCAUGGGUUUGCAAUUCACCUGUAUACUUCCUCAAAAUAAAUAUAUGCACUUCAUCAUUGCCUUCCUCAGUUUCUUCACAGGUUUGCUUCUACUUUGUACACUGAUAAAAUAUCACCUUAACCUAAUUCAAGGUCAAUCCAUAUACUUCUCGGGCUUCAAGAUCACCUGGGUCAUUUUGACUGCCUACGCAUCCAUUGUCUUUUUUAUUACCUGUGGUGUCCUCUGCCUCAUUCAGUGCAAGUGGUGCACCAGCUGUGGCUGCCUGAAAACCCUCAAGUCUGAUGAAGACCUACGGCAAGGUGGGAGUUCUAUCAAAGUCAUUUCAGAACGCACAGCAAUGCCUCGCAGCAUUGUCCGUGUGCAAUCCACGAACAUGAAUUUAAAGGAAAACUUUACGAACAAACCACGCGUCGCAGACCGCCAU